UUCAGUGGUGAAGAUAAGGACAUACAUUCUGUAGGAAAAAAUAAUAUUUUAAUUUUAAAAUGGGUUGUUUUGAAUUCCUUAAAGACUUUUUCCUAGGAUUUUGGGAUUAUGAGACUCCAAAGGUUAUGGUGGUGAAGGACAGAAAACUUGGAGUCAUAUACCGAGCCGUACAGUUCUUAGUCAUCACAUAUUUUAUUUGGUAUGUAUUUAUCAUUCAAAAAGCAUACCAGGAGACGGAGGACCGUCCAGAUAGCUCAGUCUAUACGGAGUUGAGAGGUGUGGCCAUGCUGGGAGACAACAUUCUAGACACGACAGAAUAUGUCCAACCUUCUGAGGGUGGUGAUGUCAUCAGCACCAUACUUAGAAGAGAAGUGACACAUAAUCAGAGACAGGGCACGUGUGCUGAGCAUUAUGCUGUCGCCAAUGCAAAAUGCAAUAAGGAUUCUGACUGUGUUCGAGGGCAAAUUGAUUUUGGUGGUCACGGUCAGAGGACUGGACGAUGUGUACCCUACUACAACUACACAUUUAAGACCUGUGAGAUUAAAACCUGGUGUCCCAUUGCGGAAUAUGCUGUUAUUAGGGAACCAUGUCUGGAACAAGCGAUUAAUUUCACGGUGUUUAUAAAAAAUGCCAUCCAUUUUCCCAAGUUUAAAGUUCUCAGGGGAAACAUCAAACCAAACAAGCCAAAGAAGCUGACACGUUGCCAUUAUCACCCAGAGACCAACCCUUAUUGUCCCGUGUUCAGUCUCGGCUUUAUCGCAGAGCAGGCCAGAGAAAAAUUCAGUGAACUUUGCCGAACUGGUGGAAUAAUUGGAGUGUUUAUUAACUGGAAGUGCGAUUUUGAUUCGGAUCCUUCCGAAUGCAAACCAACAUAUUCGUUCAGAAGACUGGAUCUGAGAAAAGACCUGCCAACCUCAGGCUACUACUACAGGUUUGCAAAGUACUACAAUAAGGAUGGGGUGGAGUACAGAUCGCUCAUUAAAGCUUUUGGGAUUCGCCUGGAUGUUAUUGUACAUGGACAUGCGGGAAGAUUUAGUUUAAUUCCAACCAUCAUCAACACAGUCACAGCUAUGACAUCAGUCGGAAUCUGCUCAAUCAUCUGUGAUUGGAUCUUGCUGACGUUUAUUGAUAAAAAUGAAGUUUUUAGUGAGCAUAAGUUUGAUGAUAUCUCUAAACAAUCCAGCCCACCAAUAACAACCAGCCUAACGCUUACAUCCUAUGGCUCCACCCACUCUGACCUCUCAGAUGGCGUGCCUUUAUAAAGCACCGCCUCCCACCACCAAAACUACUUUACUGAUGUCAUGCAAUGCCAAGAUGAGUAAACCUUAAAGAAUAUUUUUACAUUAAGGACUUGAUCUGAGGAUUAAGUAUGUGUGGAAUAGUCAUCUACAACACAAAAUGUCACAUUGUUCAGUUCAGCUUUAGACUCGCAACAUUCAAAAC